AUGGAUCUUUGGAAGCAGAUGAGGUUCUUCACUUUCACGCUCCUCGUCUAUACCACCACCAUGGACCCCAAACGGCCGAACUCGACCCAAAUCGUGAGGUUCAAGCCUUCUCGGGACAUCGAUGCCAUCAUCACCGCCCGAUUCCUGCUGCGAUCCGAACCCUCCAUGGAUGACCGCACGGAUGGAGGCAGCCUCGAGUACGAUUACUAUCGGGAGUCCUGCCCCCGGGCCGAGAGAAUCGUUCGUGAGAUGGUCCAGGAGUUAUACCAAGUCCGACCUCGCGGUAUCCCGUCUCUGCUCCGGCUAGCAUUCCACGACUGCUUCGUUGAGGGAUGUGAUGCCUCUAUCCUGUUAGACCCAAUUAACGGAAUGGCAUCGGAGAAAGAUGCGUCCCCCAACGAACUGUUGAAGGGCUAUGACAUAAUAGAAGCUAUCAAGUUCGAGAUCGAAAGAGCAUGCCCCAGAACAGUGUCAUGCGCUGACAUUCUGGUCUUGGCUGCUCGGGAAGCCCUUCUUACUGUUGGUGGUCCAUUCUAUCCUCUACAAACCGGCAGAAGAGACAGUAUGAUUUCAUACGCGGAACUAGCAGAACAUCAACUUCCUUCGCCGUUUAUUGAUCUCUCGGAAAUUCUCUCAUCUUUUGGAGCAAGGGGAUUCAAUGAGCGGGAAACUGUCAGUCUGUUAGGUGCUCAUAGUGUUGGAUCGAUUCACUGUAAGUUCUUUGAGGACCGUCUCUACAAUUUUUCUGGGACAAACAGGCCCGAUCCAUCUCUCGAAAGUAGAUUCCUUGACCUGAUGAGAUCCCGAUGCAGUAAAUUUCAUUCAGCGUCAUCACCAAAGCUUUCAGUGGCUCCAUCACCUUCAGUUAGAGCUGCUGGAUUGCUGGCUCCUCCGAUGGCAGAGCCCGAUACAGUGAUGAGCUAUGAGGGGCUGGGACCGACACCAGCUGAGGGCCCUGCUUUUGGGGCUCCAUAUUAUCGGAGCCUCUUGGAAGGUCGAGGAAUCCUCUUUUCUGAUCAGCAGCUCACAGGUUCAGAAGAAACUGGAAGCUGGGUCAGAGCAUAUGCUUGGGACACCGCCCUCUUCAGAAAGGACUUUGCAGAGACCAUGUUGAAGCUCUCGAGCCUGCAGGUCUUGACAGCACCAAAUGGGCAAGUUCGAGUCAACUGCUCAAAGAUCGCAUGAGAUCAAGAGCUAGGAUAUGUUUGGU